UCUCUAUGUGGCCAUGUAUGGAAAUUGUCUUUCUGGGCCGAGCAUCAGUUAAACUGCAGUACAGAAGCAAAACUGUAGGCUCAGUAGAAACCGUGCUUCUAUACCGGAACCCUGUCCCAUUCGCUGCGAACUGGCCAGUCAGGUUUGAGAAUGGUGUGUGCGCCUGUUCACGAGCUUCUUGUCGCAUGCCGACUCGCAGAUCCUUUGAACAUAUCAGAAAAUUGAAUGAGAAAUUCAGGUGGUUUACAGAUCAAAUACACAGCGCCAAGCACACGAUCGUGAAUAAACCGGAUAUUUAUUUACACCCUAAGAACUAUAAAAGGAAACCAACUAUCUCUCGAAUUAGCAAUAAAAAGUUUAAGGUUUCAGAAACAACUGCCCAUAUCCAGAUAACCUCUUGACACGUCCUAUUACAACGAACUCACGUUUCAACUGGAAUGGAGAACAAAACAAAUGGAUCAGUGGAAGCCAAAGUUGUGGUGGAGAAUGGCCAGCUGCCGGACCCUGCAGACUGGGCAUUCACUGAUGUUGUCAACUAUUUCAAAGCUGCAGGAUUUGAUGAGCAGGCUACUGCUUUCCAGGACCAGGAAAUCGAUGGCAAGUCUCUGCUCCUGAUGACACGGAAUGACGUCUUGACUGGCCUGUCUAUCAAACUGGGGCCAGCACUGAAGAUCUACGAGUACCACGUGAAACCACUUCAAACUCAGCACCUGAAGAGUAAUGCUAAUGCAUCACUGCAUGCUCCUCAACGUGUAACAAGAUAAUCACGAGGCAGGACGGACAGACCAGUCCGAAGAGAUUUACAGACACAAAAGGACAGUGGACGACGACGGGGCUUAGAAAACUCUUGCGUGGUUGCAUCUUGCAUCCUUCUGAAAAGAUUAUUUUACUUAAACUGUUAACAGAUGCCAAAUGAUUUGAGCCGGUACGUCCAUUUACAAAGACAGUGAUCAGUUUGUUGGUAGUUAACUGAGUGGUAUCAGUUUAUGAAACCAAAGGACUUUAAUUCUUUGAGGUCUUGGACAGCGUAAGAUCAGUUUACAGGUCUUAAAAAGUACAGGUUUAUUUUUUCUUCUUCUAAGAGUUAGUCUCAAAGCAAAAUCAGGCUACUGAAGCAGAUUCAACUGAAUGGGUUAUUUAAUAGUGGACAAUCCUUUUCAGAAGGAUGCAAAAGGUGCACUAGAUGGCUGACUUUGUGAUGAUCUAUGUUCUACCCUUGUCCCAUUGAUAUGAUCAGUAUAUACCAAACUAUUGGUAGGACAUGUACGUGUUCGAACCAUACUUACUGAUCCUCCAUUAAUGCCAUUUUCUUUUCCUAAUAUGCCACUAUUUCACUUAAUCAAAGCUGUAUCUAUGAGCAUUAUGCACAUCAAAGGCAUAUUUAAGCACAGGGAUAUAGGAUGAUGAAUGUGUUCUUUGAUUUCCUUCAUCUUAAAUAUAUGGCAUUUUACUUUCAUGUUUGAUGUGGAUGCUUUUAUCACGCAUAACAGUGUCAUGCUGCUGCCUUUUGUAUUGUAAAGUUGCCCUGUUCACAUUUUGCUGUUAGAAACUACUUGCAUCUUAAGUAAUGAUUUGAGAUGUACCACUGUCAGUCUUACCCAAGAACAAUUAGCAAAACACAGUCAUGUAGAGAAAGAAGAAUGUUAAUUUCUAAAUACAAAAAGUCAAGAACAAUGAAUAAAAUAGAAUAGAAAAGGCACAAUCAUUUACUUGAAAACCACACUGUGCCAUGAAAAAUAAACCCGUCUCAUCGUAUCCUCUAAGGUGGUUGGCUGAAAAUAGAUGGCAAGUCUUCCUGACAUGUUCUACACUUCAUAAGAUUUUGUGGCAGUGGAUUGCCGUUGGCAAUGAGGAGCAGUGUUGAGGUCAACUUUUUCCCUGUAGCAUCAAAACGAAGGCC